CCCCCUACGUGCCAUCUUCUUUAUUACGCCCCACGUGCCAUCUACCAUUUGUACGCCGAAAAUCCCUCCUCCAAUUUCCCCUUUCAACACAGAUAACUACGUACAAAAAUCUGUAUCUAUCUGUCUAUAUUUUGAUUUUCACACACGCCAACAUAUAGAUCCCUGUAUCCAUACGGCACUGUAAUAAUUGAAAUCCAAAUUCCAACCCACUCUCUAUUGAGAAUCCCUGAUAUAGAAAAGGGUCAUUCUUCGUAACCCUUCCAAAUUCCACAUAUUCAUAUAUCAUAUAUGUGUAUAUAGGGAGAGGUUCUAACUAUUUAUAUAUAGAUGGGGGCUGUCACGUCGUCGAUGGCUGCGAAGUUUGCUUUCUUUCCGCCGAAUCCACCGUCGUACGGGGUGGCGGCGGAGGAGGGGACGGGCAAACUGAGGAUGACUGAGGCGACGGAGAAGGAUAACGUGGAUGUUUUGAAAGUGAUGACCAAGAGGGGGAACGAGAUCGUUGCGAUGUAUGUGAAGAACCCAGUAGCGAAGCUGACGCUUCUAUACUCCCACGGCAACGCCGCUGAUCUGGGUCAGAUGUAUGAUCUUUUCAGUGAGCUCAGCAUUCACCUCAGAGUCAACAUGAUGGGGUAUGACUACUCAGGAUAUGGACAGUCGACUGGCAAGCCAAGUGAGCAGAACACUUAUGCGGACAUAGAAGCUGUGUAUAAAUGUCUUCAAGAUACUUAUGGGGUGAAAGAAGAAGAUAUAAUCUUAUAUGGCCAAUCUGUUGGGAGUGGGCCCACUUUGGAUUUGGCAUCCCGUUUGUCAAGAUUAAGGGCUGUUGUUCUUCACAGUCCAAUCAUGUCUGGUCUUCGAGUAAUGUAUCCAGUUAAGCGGACUUACUGGUUUGACAUUUAUAAGAAUAUUGAAAAAAUCCCGUUGGUUCAAUGUCCUGUCUUAAUUAUUCAUGGUACUGCAGAUGAUGUUGUAGAUUGCUCCCACGGGAAGCAGCUCUGGGAGCUGUGCAAAGAGAAGUACGAGCCAUUAUGGGUUAAAGGUGGCAAUCAUUGUGACCUGGAAAUUUACCCGGAAUAUAUUAAGCAUUUAAAGAAGUUCAUAAUAGCAAUUGAAAAGGCAGCACAUUUGAAAAGUGGAUCUACACCAUCGGCAAAUCAAACGGAUAACCCGCGAAACAGCAUAGAUUGCCGACCUAGAGCAAGCACAGAUCAGACAGAGAAGUCUGGAUCAAGCACUGAUCAAAGAGAAAAACCUAGGGCAAGCACGGAUCGAAGAGAGAAAUCCAGAACCAGCAUUGACAGGAGAGAAAAAUUGAGAAAGAGUGUGGAUUUAUCUGAGAAAGCAAAUAACAAUGCUGAACAGCCAGAUAAAGCAAGGAACAGUAUAGAUCGCUUUGGAGAUAUGAUGAGAUCGGCUGUUUUAUGCAAUAUCGACUGUUUCAAGCCCGUGGGAGCAAAGGUCUGACGGUGGAUCAGAGCCUUGCAUUCAUGCAAAAUACAUAUUGAUCAGUAAUGGCUUGCUGUUUACAGUUUCAUUGAAGGCAUUUUUAAAUCCAGAAUUCAUGGUUGCUAAGAUCCCAUCCAAGAUAUUCCUGCUGAAAUGAUUGUUAAAAUUCGGUCCAUCCAUGGCAUUGUCCGUAGCGCAGCUUGCCAGAAUCUCACUCACUGCUCUCUCUUCACGACACAAACAAUUGAUUACUUUUUGCCGCAAAACAUUACUUCAAACCUUUGAUUCAUCAUACAUUCUUUUGAGAUUCUCAAAUUUGUGAAGGAACCAGGUAGGUAUACAGAUUUGGGUUUCUAAGCUGAUUAUAGCCAUCAUCUUUGUCCCCAGAGAGGUUUGGUUCAUUUCUUAAAGAUAAUAAAAUUUUAGAGCAGUUUUUGUUUAUGGAAAGAUCAAUGGUACUCUAUUUCGAUUCAUCUGGCACAACCAUUCAUAAAGCAGUGAUCUUUCAAGAUA